AAGUUUUACUUUCUUGUAUAUAUUGUUUUUGUAAUACUUUCCAGUCAAUGAUUGCAACUGUUUGCCAGCCAGACAGUGCAAAAUAAAAUAUGGUUGACUUGAGAGCUAUAAUUGCUGGGAAUUAGUUUACCAUUGAUCUGUGAAGCUCAAAUUUCAACUUGCAAGAGAUAACGCAUGUUUGGAUAUAGUGAAGCCUAAAUCACAAUGAACAGUUACAAAAGCUAAGAGAAAUUGCUUCAGUCGAAUGUAAAUUUUGACUCAGUGUGAUUUUUCUAGUCUAACCAAAUAUGCUUAGAGGAGUUUCUAGUCUUACUUUGAGUAUAUAUUCUCUAAUUUCGAGUCAACUGUUAAGAUGCACUAAAAUAUUGCAUUGGCAGAGUUUUGAGCGAAACAGCUAUAUUCUUUUGACACGGAAAUUCUUGACUUUCUGUACCCUGGUCAUUCAUCUAACCUGAAUAAUGCACCGGAAAUUAUUGUUUUUUUCCAUCACUUCCCUUUCAGGGGGCAACCAUGAAAUUCAAACUCCAUGUUGUCACAACUACUAACUCUUCUACUCUUAAUUUCAUUCAAUGGUUACAUAGAUGCAUGAACCUACAAAAGGGUAGGACUAAUUCAGAAUACCAUAUACAGAUAAAAUUGAGUCACACACUUAUUGUCUUUAGCUAGCAAAAUAGUACAUCUUAUGGCAUGGUCAUACUCAUCAUCAUCAUCCUCUAAUAAUGCUCCUCCACAAAAGCACGAGGUGUUUAUCAGCUUUAGAAGUGAUGACACCCGCAGAACUUUCACAAGCCAUCUUGAUGCUGCUUUGAAAAGGUUAGAUCUCAGAACCUACAUAGACAACAAUCUUGAGAGAGGAGAUGAAGUACCAACAACCCUUGUUAGCGCCAUCGAAGAAGCCAAGCUCUCAGUGAUUGUUUUCUCUAAAAACUAUGCAGCUUCUGAAUGGUGCUUGGAUGAGCUUGUGAAAAUACUUCAAUGUGGAAAGACCAGAGGGCAAAUUGUAGUGCCUAUUUUCUAUGAUAUAGAUCCUUCCCAUGUCAGGAACCAGAGGGAAAGCUAUGCAGACGCAUUUGCUAAACAUGAGAGAAAAUUUCAAGGAAAGAUGGAGAAGGUGCAAGAAUGGAGGAAGGCCUUGCUAGAAGCUGUCAACUUAUCUGGCUGGGAUUGUAAUGUCAACAGAACUGAAUAUGAAACUGUUGAGGAAAUUGCUAUGGAUGUGCUGCAAAAGUUGAAUGGAGUGUACGUCGGGGACCUGGACCAUCAGAUUACAAAGUAUGAGCAACUUGCACAACUUCAGCAUCAAUAUUUUCAAAGCAUACCUUCCCAUGAAAAUUGGAAAAAUCAUCAAGCAACUGUUCAGCGUGUCACAGAACUUAAGAUGGAGAGAAGUAUCCGUUUGCUUCACUUGACACCUGAUAUGCUCGCACACAUGGAAAAUUCAAGAGGGAAUGCUAAUAACUUUUCACCAUUUUAAUAGAAAUUAUUUGUCUAAGUAUUAUGUAUAUGAUCAAUGAUAAUGUUACUUUAUUAAAGAAAUCUGCAUGUUUUCAAAUAAUUUGAAUAAAUGGUCAUCGGUUUUUAUG